AUGGAGGCGCUGAGGCUGGUGGUGCGGCAGGACCAUGUGUCGGCGGUGCAGAUUGCGUGCGGCGUGCGCAAGCUACUGUCGCCGAUGCAGCAGGCGCGCCUGGCGGCGGUGGCCUGGCCCUGGUACCCAUACCCCAGCAAGUGGGCGCCGCUGCUGCUGGGAGGGCAGUGA